AUGGUUCGCGGUACCGUGUGUAAAACCCAGCAUAGGCCUUUCCCGUCGAAGGCCACUUCACCCAUUAAAAUUCGAUCAAUCAAAACGGGAGCGCGUUCGCCGCGAGACAGCUUCCAGUUGGAUUACUCAAUCGACUUCUUCAAGACGUAUAUCGAUACGCAGCGUUUCUACGCCGGCCACAAGUUGGAUUUCAAACAUCAGAGUUGUGCCGGCGGCCCUGGUUCCGGUGGUGGUGUCAGCGGUGGUGGUGGUGUUGGUGCCUCCGGAGGAGUCGUCGUCGGCGGCACCAGCAAUAAUCCAACAGCGACCCAGCAACAGCAGCAACAACAGCAGCAGCAACAGCAACAGCAGCAACAGCAGCAACAACAGCAGCAGCAACAACAAUCCGGCGGUAAUAAUCCAAGUAACGGUAGCAAUACGGCCGCCGCCUUGUCUCUCACCCAUCCGCACGCCCACGCCAGCCACGCCCAUAGCAGUCACGCCCAUAGUAGUCACGCCCACGCCCUAGCGAUAGCCCACGGUCAUCACGGAUUGCUACCGUCGGUUGUACCGCAGCAGCAACAACAGCAGCAGCAACAGCAACAACAGCAGGCGCAACAGUUGCCGCCGGGCGUGGGAGUUGCUAGCCCGCUGCAGCAGCAACAGCAGCAGCAGCAACAACAGCAGCAGCAACAGCAGCUGAUCAACAACGGAGGCGUCUCCGCUGGAACACCCACGCUGCUUAUCGGCAACGGACCUAGCUCAUCCGGAGCGGGAACAGGAUCGGUGUCGGCCGCAGCAGCAGCAGCGGCAGCAGCCGCCGCCGCCGCCUCCUCCUCUUCGAUUCCACACGUGGCGCCACAUAGCUUGGGGCUGAGUCCGCAGUCCAGCGCCGAUUCGCAGCAGUUCAACAUCUUUCCGGCGAUCUUUAGCCGCCAGCUGAACUUUUCGGCCGGCGGACAAGCGGGCAAGCUGAGCAUGGACGAGCUACGUCCGAAUCUAGUGGGUGGACUGCUGGGGCUGCAGCAGGGCCUGCUGGAGGAUCAUGCCAGUAUGCAGCAUGGUGGAGUAGGCCAGGACACCAAAUUUAUGUCGUUCCAAGACCAACGGCUGAUGGGGAUUGGUGGAUCGCACGAGAAUCGGCUUCUAAGCUUGGCCAGUUCAGUGCAGGACACACGGUCGCCGAUAACGACGCUGGAGAAGUCGUCCUCGUCCUCGCUAAACCACCAGCGGAAGUGCAGCAGCACGCCAGAGGACUUCAGCGCCCUCUAUUCCGGACUGCCGACGCCGGGCAUGGAUUCAUCCUCGCACCACCACACGCCGGCCCACACGCCGCCCUCGCGCCUCUCCGAUCACACCAUCUCGGCGGAAGGCGCAUUCAAGAAGCUCAAGCCGGAACCCAACAGCGGCCUGUCGACGGUUUCCGCCGGCAUCACCUCGCCCGGAAGUGGAUUAUCAACGCUCAGUCAGCACGCCGGCCACACCCCAACCACAGCGUCCUGCCCAACGCCCGCCCGGCGGAGACAUCGAACCACAUUCACACAGGAACAAUUAGCAGAACUGGAAGCAGCGUUCGCCAAAUCGCAUUAUCCGGAUAUUUACUGCCGCGAAGAGCUGGCGCGAACAACAAAGCUGAACGAGGCGCGGAUUCAAGUCUGGUUUCAGAACCGACGCGCCAAGUACCGAAAGCAGGAGAAGCAGCUGCAAAAGGCACUGGCACCGUCUGUGAUCCCAUCCUGCAACGGGAUGAUGAGGAACAUCCAGGGCUAUAGCGUCUCUCGCGGCUAUCAACCAUAUCCGCACCACAACACCAUGAAUCGCUAUCCCCAGGACCUGUUCCAAAUGGGCGCCUCCUCGUACCCGGGCAUGACGCAACCGUUCUCCAUGGCGCACAGCACGAACAUGGGAUCCGUUGGAGUGCGUCAGGACUCGAUGGGAAUGUCACCGGAGGACGAGUGGUACAACAAGAGUCUGUCUGCACUGCGGAUGAACUCGUCGCAUCAUCCCAACCUGUCAGCCCCAAUGCUGCAAUACCAGACAUAAUCAAAAACCUUUGACGACUUCUUUUAAAAGAUCGCACCUUAAUUGGCCCUUUGGGGUGCGGUGUUUUAAGGGGGAGUGCGUCAAGCGUUAUCCUGCAACAUCCACAGAUCUCUCUGUCUAUAUCUAUGCAUAUAUCGUUGUAUAUAUGUAUAUAGUAUAUAUACCAGUCAUUAGUUUCCAGCCCCGAAUAAGGAUGCCAAACAUAGCAUCAUCAUCAUCGGAUCCAAAUCCGAAAUCCGAAUCUCUGUUUUUGAAUUCGGGAACGUAAUCGUUCAGCUCUAGGCGGGAUUUACUCAUAAGACUUGUUGAUAUUAUCCUGUUUUUUUCAAUAUAUUUUUUUUUUUGGACAAAGAGGGUUAGCAAGAGAGCCAGAGUCAGUGGUAAACAAAUGCAAGUGGACGAUAUAUUGUAAUAGGCAACUAGUCAUAGUAUCUAAGCAAAUUGUGUAUUGAGAUUUUAUCGUGGCAUUAUAAAAAGUAAAAGGUAAAGUAAAAGCAUACAUCAUGCGUAUAUAUAAAUUUAAAUAAAUAUACUAAAAUAUGUACUAGCGAUAGCAUAAGUCAGGUUGCUUAGCCCCUACGCCAAAAAACAAAAAAAAAACCCUUCUACCCAAACACACAAAAUGGUAUCCAGUCUGAUCUGAUCAGAUCUACUCCUAGCUCCUGGCUCCAUUUAAUGCAACUCUUUGGUUGCUUCUACCGAUCUUUCAUUGCCUGCUCACUAUUCAUUAAAUAUAGCUUACUCAAACAUAUGACGUACAUAUAGAUCCUUCUCCUCCUAACUCCGCAUCCACCAGAUCCAACAGCUCCUCCAUCUGACCUUUCAUAGACUCGAAUUGCACAGAAAACCAAAGCAGGCAUCCGGAAGCCAAACCCAAACGAAUACAACUACAAACUUUCUAACUAAUUCAAGGUGUGUCGAACUAAUUAUAAGAUGAUUUUUUUUAGCUAAGCAAUGCAUUAACGAGUUAUAUUUAAUAAUAAUACUAAACAAAACCAAAACCAAUAAAAUACAUCACCUAUAUAUAUUUAAAUACGAAAAAACCAAAAAACAAGCCAAACGAAAACUACAAGACGCAUGUUUAACAAAUUAUGCCAGACACAGCAAAAAUGGAAAUAAUAAAAAUAUUAAAAACAAA